GUGCGCCCUCAGUCAGACAGGCGGAGGAGACGUCGCUUAAGCGGCUGAGGUGCACCGUAUUUGGACUUGAAACGGAGCCGGACCGGGCCGGUGGAUGGUGUUCUGAUCCACCUGCAGCCGCCGGAUGAUCGGAACCAUGCUCCGGCUCGGUUCACCAUACUGAGCAUCGCGCACAUGCUUGAGUGUGGGCACUGGGAGGAGGAGGAGGCAUGUAGUUGCGAUGGAUUAAUUAACGAGGACUUCACAUGGACUUGUUUGUUUUUUGACAUUAGUGCUUUCUAGUCAUGGAGAACCAAGGCGCCGAGCUGCACAAUUAUGAAGACGUGCAGAAAAGCGGCUAUCUCCGCAAGCAUAAAUCAAUGCACCGGCGCUUCUUCGUGCUGAGGGCGGCCUCCGAGCAUGGUCCUGCACGCCUGGAGUAUUACGAGAACGAGAAGAAAUUCCGCAGCAAAUCUCCUGUGCCCAAGAAAGUCCUCAACCUGGAGACGUGCUUCAACAUCAACAAGAGGGCUGACUCCAAAAACAAGCACCUGAUCGUGCUGUACACCCGCAGCGAGAGCUUUGCCAUCGCCGCAGACAGCGAGGAGGUCCAAAACGAGUGGUACCAUGCCAUGCUGGACCUUCAGUGCAACUGUAAAACACCUGAAGACUACGGCAGCAGUGGAGAGUGUAGCUCCCCGUCGCCCAUUCCAACUUUCAAAGAAGUGUGGCAGGUCAAAGUUUGGCCGAAAGGUCUUGGACAUGCAAGGAACUUAGUGGGCAUCUACCGUCUGUGCCUGACUGACAAGACUGUCAACUUUGUCAAGCUCAACUCUGAUGUGGCUGCUGUGGUGCUGCAGCUGAUGAAUGUUCGCAGGUGCGGCCAUUCGGAGAACUUUUUCUUCAUCGAGGUGGGUCGCUCAGCCAUAACCGGGCCAGGAGAGUUCUGGAUGCAGGUGGAUGACUCCGUGGUGGCUCAGAACAUGCACGAGACCUUGCUGGAGGCCAUGAAAGCGCUCAGUGAGGAGUUCCGUCAGCGCAGUAAGUCUCAGUCUGUGGGUACGUCAUGCGGAGGAGGCACCGUGUCAAACCCCAUCAGUGUUCCCAGCCGCCGACAUCAUCCGAAUCUUCCACCGAGUCAGGUGGGCUUCACCAGGCGAGCCCGUACGGAGACGCCAGGCAGCAGCACCAGCACCUCGCCGACAUCGCGUCAUGGCUUCCCACGGGCGCGAACGGCCAGCAUCGGGGCAAGGUCGGAGGAGAGCGGUGCAAGUACCAGAUCAACAUGGGCCAGCUCCAGCCCGAGUCUUAAUGGAUCAUGCUCAACUACUCCAACCCUCAGACCCAAACCCACCAGAGCUCCCACCCCUGCUAAGAUUACCCUCAGUCUUGCACGUUACACACCUAACCCAGCUCCCUCUCCUGCUCCAAGCCUCUCCUCCAGCUCUGGUCACGGUUCUGAGUGUGGCUUAGUGGGGGCGGCGGUGGGAGGAAUGACGGUGUGCUCCUACCCUCGUGUAACUCAGAGAGUUUCUGUUUCGGGUUCCCCAAGUGACUACGGUUCCUCGGAUGAAUAUGGCUCCAGUCCUGGUGAGCACUCCUUGCUCAUGCCUAGUAUGGCUGCCCAUCAUGUGCACGGGGAGGGCCCGUCUAGCUACAUAGUCAUGGGUCAGCGAGAGGGUCUUCUCGGUUCCCAUCAUCGCUCUAAAGGCAGACGGAUUCUUCGACGCUCAUCCAGUCGGGAUUCUGAGGCAGAACGAAGACUACUAAGUAAAAGGGCUUCCCUGCCUUUGGCCGCCCAUGAACGACUAGUUCCGCAUCGGAAAGAUGAUGACGAGGACGAUGAGGAAUAUGCCAUCAUGUCACAGUGCGCUAACAGAGAAGGUUCUGGCGGCUUGGCGUUGGGGCGUGGACGACGAGAUGCAGCGGGAGAGAACAGAAAGCAGUUUGAAAAAAGGAGAGAAGUGGAAGCAGGAGCUACCGUGGAUAGCGGCUACAUGUCAAUGCUGCCUGGAGUCACUUCGCCUGCUGCAGACGACGAGUACAUGGCCAUGACACCCAAAAACAGCGUGUCCCCACCUCAGCAUAUGCGGCAGCCCAGCGCAGAGGGCUACAUGGUCAUGUCUCCCAAUAGCAGCGUCUCCACAGAGUUGCACGGACUCGGUAUGUGGGAUAACAGGGGCUGCAUGGAGAGCCGGGUCGCAAGCGACUACAUGAACGUCUCCCCCAUCAGUAGCCGCUCUGCUUGUAGCACACCGCCCUCCCAUCCUGAGCAGCACCAGCUACAACCAAAAAUGUUCAAUUCCUACUUCUCCCUGCCCCGAGCUUAUCAGCAUACCCUCUAUAGUCGCUUUGAGGAGGAUUUAAACAAAGGCGAGGAAAAAAAGGACAGCAGUGAUAGCGCUGGAAGAGGUAGUGCAGCAGGGUUCAGCAAGAGAAACAAAACAGGAGUGGGGCCCGGUGGAGGCUUCCAGCUCUCCAUGUCUUCCUCUUCUUUCUCCUCGAGCUCGGCCAGCAGUGAAAGCCUGGAGGACAAGACCAUAUCAGCAGGGAAAGGCUUAAGUUUGUACAAAAGUGCAGGAACAUGCACCAAAGAUGGCCACCUACAAAAACGUGGAUCGAGCUGUAAGAGCCCAAAGCAACAAAGGAGGGGCCGCCCCCUCAGUGUGUCUUCAGACAUCACUAAAGCAAACACCCUCCCCAGGGUCAAAGAGAAUAUGCCCCCCAUGGCAACGCAGAACGUUGGUGAGUACGUGAGUAUUGUGUUCAAGGGAGAGAAUAAGUUUGAUAAUGGAAGACAUGCGGGAUCCGAAAAAGCGCAGCCUGUCAUUCACGGAACCCUCCGCCCCUUGAACCAGCCCCUUACUGACCCCAACAAUGUUGCUAACCUUCCUCGCAGCUUCUCUGCACCAUUGUCCACCUCUGCCGAGUACGUGAGCAUGGAUGUAGGAAAGUCCUCAACAUCCCUGAGGUCAACGUUCAGCCCCCCCCAGGGCCCGUCGUCUGUACCCCCCAAGGGCACAUCGUCUCCUCUGGCAGCUGAGGGAAACACUGUACAUCGAACAAAAACAAAGACGGCACCAGACGCCCAUAAUUUAUUCACAGACAACAAAGAUCCUAGCAUUUCAGCGAGACCUGACACCCACUCGGGUCCGCCUGUGUCCAUGGAGGAGGACGCAGGGUCAGGCUUUUCUCCAGUCAAGUCCUUCCAGUCUCCCGAACAACGCAGCAGACUCCGAUCUGAAAACCAGGGUCGACGCGGACACCGCUCAGAAACCUUUAAUGCUCCUCCAUCUGUAACGAGCCACCCACCCCCGACUACCACCCUCUUCCCAGAAGGUGCCCAGGCGGCGGGCCACCGGCAUGCUUUGGACUGCUCUCUGUGGGAAAGCGGUCAGGUGGCGAAUUUGUCUGCCACGCCGCCUCCUCAAGCCUCCGAACAAGGCCUUAACUAUAUUGACCUUGACUUGGCCAUUAAGGAGAGCCCUCAAGCUGGAGGGGAGCGUUCCUCUACCGCCUACAACAUCGGAGCAGGUGCUGUGGGUAGCGGCGCCGGCUCCAGCCUCAACUUGUAUGCCAGUAUUGACUUCUAUAAAUCAGAGGAACUCAGAGCACAACAGAUGGGAAGAAAAGAUGAUCAAGAUUGUUGAUUCAUGCUCAAAUCUGGGAUGGAUGGCUCCACACUCAGCAGCCCAACUGUUGCCACAACACAACCUUACACCGAGUCCCAACACUGGAACUCUGGAAAACCUCAUCCUCAUCCUGUCUGCCAUUUUCUCUCAACCAAACAUGUGCCAAAUACAAACACACACACAAGCACGCACGGUAAGGAAGAGCCUGUUUUCUGCCUCACUUUGAUCAGCUAACCGGAAACAGAUAAAAGAUGUAUGUUACAUUAUGUCCGUUUCACAUGACGACAACCAUCUGACAAUCAAGUAAAGCCAUAAAGUCAGUGAAGUGUCGUGCUUUGGUUUCAUUUGUGACAUAUGUCCUCCCAAAUUGACACCAUCAGGAUUGGCAGCUAAGCAAAUGUAAUGAAAUGUGACGACUCACCUUAGCCAGCAUCAUCCUUUGUCCAUAUUCCGAGUUCAUGAUCAAAAAGGUUCACCAGAAGGAACGAGAGCUUCACACAAUCAUACAUUUUGUCAGUGCUGUGAUACAGAAUACAUACACUUCCCGUGAUGCUGCUUCGUGGGUUUUUCUCAAAGCAUUGCAUUGAUCACAACUGGACCGGACAAGUCAGGAUGUCAAAGACAAUAACUUCCUUUUUGGAGAGAGAUAUCGGUGUGUGAUACCACUGAUUUCCUUUCCGAUACGAUUUUGAGGAAAAUUCGAAAACUUUUAACAACUAUGCAUAAUGUGUCUGGUAAAUUUUAAAAAGCCGUGCACGGUCGUCCCUUCGAAUAUCACGGCGUCACGCUAUCACAGUCUUUCACAGUAUAAUUAAUUAAUAAAUCAUUGCUCUUUCAUAGCCUAUUAUUAGUGCAUUUCUGGCCCGGCAUAAAAAUGACUAAAUGAACGAUCAGACACAUUAAAAGACACAAUUACAUGUAUACAUCAACAGUGGUCUUUAAUGUUAUAUUAGCUGUAAUAAGUCCUGGAAGUAAAAAAAAAAAAAAAAAAAAAACCCCAACACAAACCAAAACUCCCAAUGCUAACGUGUGAGUCUAUAUUAUGGCUUAUUUUCUGUUAUUAUAUCUACUAUAUUGAGUAAUACCAGUGUAAAGGUGGACUAUAGGGGUGAUAUUUCAUGUCUAGAGGGCUCUAAUAAUGUACUGAGAAGGUCAUUUUUUAUGAUCUAAUUAUGAAAACAUUGCAUUCAUAAACAAGAAAUCAUACUUCCUGGAAAUUCAUUUAUGAUGACUGUAUUUUAAAGCAUAGCAUGUAUUUCAUAGCAUAAAAAUACAAUACAUCAAAUAUUUAGAAAAUAAGAAUUAAAUAAAGUAAUAACUACUAUUUAAGAAUGUCCGAUAAUUAUCGGUGUAGAUAAUUAUCAUCCUGAUAGCAGCAUAAAAAUGUGAUAUCAGUCAACAUCUGUAUCAGAAUUUUUUCUCAAUCAUCAAAACCGAUAUUUUAAAAAUGCUGUAUACAAAUCAUAUGUGUUCAUUCCACCACAGGAGAUGUUACACAUAUCGGUAUCGGAAAUUGAGAGUUGGACAGAAUCUGCAAAAAAGCCAAUGUCGGUCAUCCCGACUACUAUUACUGCAUUCCUUUUAAUGAUAUACAUUACCUCAAAUGAAUGAAGUAGCAAUAUAUUGAUAGGAGUAUUGAUUUUAGAGACUAAAGAUCUAAUAUUGGAGGUAUUAAUAUUUCAUCCAUCUGCACCAACUGACUAUCAAAUGACGGACAAAGUGUGCCUUUCUCCUUAGCUGAUAAAUACUUGGAUCCUACAGAAUACCCUCAAACUAGUCUUGAACAAUCCAGUUGUGAUGGAUUCAAUGGUCUGAGAGUACACUGACCUGGGUAAUUCAUUCGAAAAUGUUGGGUUGGGAUUUGCAGUUUGAACUGUUAUGAUAUUUUCUGCACAGCUACAACACAACAAAGUGUAUGCAAUUGAGAAUUUAACAUUGAAUUCUUGUUGUUGUUUCCCAUUCCACGCCAGUAUUCCUGAUAAUCCAACAUGCAUUCAUGUAAUAAUCCUGGUAGCAAACAAUGCAUAACAAUUGGCACAUUUGCAUAACAUUCUUCUUCAGCAUUGUUUGUUUGUUAGACACGAUUCAGUUCAAAUGUGAUGAUGAUAUAAAAUAGACCGAAUUGACUUGAUUUUGACGUUUAAAUUGAUAUGGCAAGCAAACAUUUUGUUUUCCCCUCAUUCAUAGAACAGUUUACACCAAUAUAAUGUGAUUCAUUACACUACAGUACAGCGGUAUAUAAGAUACACAGUAUACAUACAGUAUAAGGAUGAAUACUUUAUAGCCUAGAUAUCUAUAUACUCUUUUAUAAAGUGCCUCUUUUUUGAUUGUAGCUGUUUUACACAGGUAAUCUUAAAAUGGGUUGUCAAAAUACACAAAAGUGAACAAACACACUGAUAUCAGUAAACUAUUUUGCCUUACUGUUUAUCUGAAAAGUAUUUUAUGGGGGAGGGGGUGCCUAACAGUUAAGCCACAAUGUAAGCAUUCCCUCAAUCUUGUAGGCCCAAAAAAGUGAAGCAAAAAAAAAAAAAACUUGAGAUGGGGUCCUUGAAUCCAUUUUCACUCAUUUUACAAUGAGGACUCUAAAUUGUGUACAUGUUAAAUCAAGUUGUUUUUAACCUGACACAUGUCAGUGGCUUGUAAAUAAAAUCUACUAACAAAGCAGGACUUUCAAAUGAAAUGUGUGUAUUGAUUUAGACCUGCAAGUGUAUUUUGACCCCAAACACCAGUGGAGGUCCUUUGAACUCUUCAGAGCAGCUAAACGGGCUAAAACACUAUGAACACGGUUGUGUGUGUUGUUUUUCUAUAUUUGGAUGUGGAGUCAGUCCUCAGAUGGUGUGAAUAGUGCUCCUUCUUUCUAAUCUCUGCUCCUCUCACUCAACCCAAGUGUUACUUUUCUACUACCACUUCCGUUGCUGUCAGACUCAUUGCCAAAAAAAAAUACCACAGUCUGUCAAGCAAGCGCCAUUUGUGAACCGUAGAGACAACAAAUUAGCCUCACUUUAGUCGAAACGUUUUCACUUGAGAGCUUCUGGGCUUCAUUUUCAAUUCAAUAAUUUUAAUGGUUUUUAUGACCGGUUACAUAGGAGAACCUGAAGUAACUUUAGUGACAAAACUCAGUGGGGUUCCUGGUUGUGUGUAUACAGGGUACAAAGAAAGAAGGCUUUCUCAGUGUAUUUGUCACAUUUAGAAUCAUAUUGGAAUUACAUCAUGUCAUUUCCAGUUAAAAGAAACAUAGACAAAGUCACUAACUCUUCAAUUUGGCUGAGGUAUGUAUAAUUUUGGCCUUAAAAGUACUCAACAAAAAUAUAAACGCAACACUUUAGUUUUUGCUCCAAUUUUUCAUGUGAUGGACUCAAAGAUUUAAAAUUCAUUCCAGAUAAACAAUAUGACAAUUUCUUUCAAAUGUUCACAAAUUGUUCACAAAUUGAACAAAUUGCUUUGCUGAGAUAAUCCAUCCCAGCUCACAGGUGUGCCACAUCAAGGUGCUCAUCAGACACCAUGAUUAGUGCACAGGUGUACCUUAGACUGUCCACAAUAAAAGGCCACUCUGAAACGUGCAGUUUUGUCUCACAGCAAAAUGCCACAAAUGUCGCAACCAGAUCUGUUGCUCGUGCAUUGAAUGUUCAUUUCUCCACCAUAAGCCGAUGGGCGAAGAACACGGGUGGAUUUUAUUGAUGGCAUUUUGAAUGCACAGAGAGACCGCAAUGAGAUCCCGAGGCCCAUUGUUGUGCCAUACAUCCAUGAACAUCACCUCAUGUUUCAGCAAGAUAAUGCACGGCCCCAUGUUGCAAGGAUCUGUACACAAUUCUUGGAAAGCAUACUCACCCGACAUGUCGGGUGUUCCAGUGUGUGUACCAGUUUCCGCUGAUAUCCAGCAACUUUGCACGGCCAUUUAAGAGGAGUGGACUAACAUUCCACAGGCCACAAUUGACAAUCUGUUAAACUCUAUGUGUUGCACUGCAUGAGGUUCUGAGUCCCCAGACCCCCAAUAAAGUAAACAAAUGCACAUUUCAGGGUGGCCUAUUAUUGGGGACGGUCUAAGGUACACCUGAGCACUAAUCAUGGUGUCUGAUGAGCAUCUUGAUGUGGCACACCAGUAAGGUGGGAUGGAUUAUCUCAGCAAAGCAGAAGUGCUCACUCAGAUUUGUGAACAAUGUUUGCGAGAAAUGGUUCUAUUGUUUAUCUGGAAUGAAUUUUAGAUCUUUGAUUCCAUCUUAUGAAAAAUGUGAAAAAAAACAAAAGUGUUGCAUUUUUAUUUUUGUUGAGUAUAUAUUCCUCAAGCGUUAAAUGUCCAAAAUGAUAGUACCCACCAUGACAAAGCUCUUUUUUGAAAACACCGCAAUUCAAGAGAAUGACUAUUCUAAAUCAGCAUAGCCCAGCACUGCCAACAGUUUGUGGUUCAUUCUGCCAAACUCUUGUAAUUCAACUACUGACUGGGUUGAAGUGCUCCUUUAUAAUCUUGUUGUUAUUCCAUCAGUGGAACUCUCCUAAUUAGGGAUUAAAGAGCCUCUCUGACUGUACCUCAUAAUCUCAAGAUCUUGCAGACGAAACAGUUGGUAAUUAAACCCCUCUCAGUCUGAGACCACAACAGGAUAUCGUCACAUUGGGGCAAAAAAUUAUAUCCAUCAAAGCUAUGGAAUGGAAGUGAGGGAGCAGACAUGUGUUACUGUACGCACAAUCAAGAUAGCGUCUCUAAUUACAAUUGAAAGAGCAUUCUAUGUAUUUUAAAGGUGUUGAUACUUUGAUAAUAAUGUAAACUGUACAAAGACUGAACAUGAGCUAUGUAAAAUACAGUGUGUACAGAGG